AUACAGAUAUUAUUAAAAACACGUACAACAAAGAUGAGGUAUCAAUUAAUGGAUCACAGAUGGCUAACAAAUAGUCAAAAAUACAGUAAUACUAAUAAAAAGACUAUACUUCUCAUGUACAUACAAUUAUUAUUAUUACAUAUACAUGGUUUAUUAUGUACCUAGCCAAAUGACCCGUACUUAUCAAAUUAUAAUUAAAAUAUAUCCCUGUUGUUAAGUCCAAAUUGAAUUAAUUAUCUUUUUUGGGUGGUAAAACUUAGCAUGUGAACCGUAGUUGUCAAUUACACAGAACGCAUGCAUGCACAAAAGUGUGUGCACUGCAAAUCAUCAAACCAUUCUCACCUUUAAAACUAUUCAACUGAUUCAUACAUCUUCCUCCUCCCCAGCCAUUCUGAUUCCAACCCCCACAAAACCAAAAAAGAAUAAAAUUUUCCUUCAUUUCUUUCCCAGUUUUUAUGUUAACAUUGGUUUUUGGGGGGCCAGUUGGAUCAUUAUCUGUUUGUUUCUUCUCACACAUUCUUGAAUUUCAAGUGAAAAUUGUGAAGUCAUAAGAUUUUGUCCUUGUACGUUGUUGAUCAUGAUCAUGGUAUCAACAAAAGCAAGUGUAGAUAUUAUUAUAUUGGGAUUCAAGAAAGGUUGAGAUUUUGAUUUGUCUGAUGAGCAAUAUCUCUUUAUGUUUAUGUUAAUUGAUUGAUGGGGAAUACAUGUUCGGGACCCACGUUGAACAAAGAUUCAGCAGAUUCAUCAAAGACAGAGGGAAAAGGCUCUGAUUCUGAUAAUGUCCAGAAGACCCCUCCUCCACAUCUUCAGAUACAUGGAGAUCAGCCUCUUCAGGGUGACGAGAAAUCAAGAAAUGAUCCCCCAAAGGGCGAUGGCGAUGGCGAUGGCGAUGGCAAUGAUGGCACUGUAAAUACCAAUAAGGCAGUGAAGGAUGUGAAAAGAACCAUGUCUAGAAGUCUUAAGCGAGUAAUGAGUGUAGGCCUCCAAGUUGAAUCUGUUUUGGGACGUAAAACGGGUAAUUUGAAAGAUAUUUAUAGUUUAGGAAGGAAACUAGGACAAGGGCAAUUCGGGACAACAUUUUUGUGUGUGGACAAAGCUCAAGGAAAGGAAUAUGCAUGUAAGUCAAUUGCUAAAAGGAAGUUGACAACUGAAGAAGAUGUGGAGGAUGUAAGGAGGGAGAUUCAGAUAAUGCAUCACUUGGCAGGGAACCCCAGCGUUGUACAGAUUGUUGGGGCUUAUGAGGAUGCUGUUGCUGUUCAUCUUGUAAUGGAGCUUUGCGCCGGUGGGGAGCUUUUCGAUAGGAUUGUAAAUAGGGGGCACUAUUCAGAGAAGAAAGCUGCUCAACUUGCAAGAGUAAUAGUGGGUGUUGUGGAAGCAUGCCAUUCACUCGGCGUUAUGCAUAGAGAUCUCAAACCUGAGAACUUCCUUUUUGUGAAUGAGGAAGAGGACUCGUCAUUGAAGACCAUCGACUUUGGCUUAUCUGUGUUCUUUAGACCAGGUGAAACCUUCACGGAUGUGGUUGGAAGCCCUUACUAUGUAGCACCAGAAGUCCUGCGGAAGCGUUAUGGUCCAGAAUGUGACAUCUGGAGUGCUGGAAUAAUUAUUUAUAUACUUCUUUGCGGUGUGCCUCCAUUUUGGGAUGAAACGGAGCAAGGAAUAUUUGAACAGAUUGUGAAAGGGGAACUUGAUUUAGUAUCAGAACCUUGGCCAGCUAUAUCAGAAAGUGCGAAAGAUUUAGUCAGAAAAAUGCUUGUGAGAGAUCCCAAAAAGCGGUUGACAGCUCACGAAGUUCUCUGUCACCCAUGGGUCCGUGUAGGCGGAGUUGCUCCAGAUAAACCUCUUGAUUCUGCUGUUCUUUCUCGUCUCAAUCAAUUUUCUGCAAUGAAUAAAUUAAAGAAGAUAGCAAUCAGGGUAAUCGCUGAAAAUCUGUCUGGAGAGGAAAUUGCAGGAUUGAAGCAAAUGUUCAAAAUGAUAGAUGCAGAUAACAGUGGACAUAUUACUCUGGAGGAACUCAAAAAGGGUUUAGAAAAAGUUGGUUCCCAUCUGAAGGAUUCAGAAAUAAACAUUUUAAUGCAAGCGGCAGAUAUGGAUAAUAGCGGUACCAUUGACUAUGGAGAGUUUAUCGCUGCUAUGCUCCAUCUAAACAAAGUCCAGAAGGAGGAUCACAUGUAUGCUGCUUUUUCAUAUUUUGAUCAAGAUGGUAGUGGCUAUAUCACGCAAGAAGAGCUCCAACAGGCUUGUGACAAGUUUGGUUUGACCAAUAUUCCCAUUGAAGAACUUAUGCGUGAAGUUGAUCAAGAUAACGAUGGGCGCAUCGACUACAAUGAAUUUGUAGCGAUGAUGCAAGAUAAUGGUUUUGGUAAGAAUGGUACAAGAUAGUGUGAGCAUCGGCAUCUCAGAGGCCUUUCAACCUGGGUUGCUCGGCCCUUUGAUCACAAACUACUGCAGAUACCGCAGAAGCAGAUUAGAACUUUGAGGUUCCCGUGCUUCAUUCAAUCUCCUGUGUUGCUGCUUUGAAUCAAAAAGGGAUUUUCUGCAGAAGUAAUGUAUGAUUGUCCUACGUCCUAGCCCAAUGCUAGUCUUCUUACCUUUUGGCGUAGUCAUAAUAUCAGUCCUGUGCUCUUGUUUCACCCUAUUAGAUGAUUUUGAUGUGUACUACAUUCAUUUUCUUGAUGAAGUUUGAUGUACAGUAUAUUUUUUCUCUUGGUAACCUGAGUUUAUUAACA